ACACACAAGUAAAAAGGUCAAUAACCCUAAUAAAACAGUGCAGCUGAAGUGAAUUUUAUUAUUUUUCUUCAAAUUUAUUCGAUAAAAUGGUGUAUAAAUGGUGUGUAGUGCCACAAUGUACUAAUACGACUAUAAGUAGUCCACACAAACUGUUUGUUUCUGUUCCAACGAAUCCCAAAAGACGAAAAAUGUGGUUACGAUUAGCUCGAAGAGACCCAAAGAGCAUUUUAGCUCAUACCAAUGUUUUUAUGUGUGAAGAUCAUUUUAAUAUGGAAAAGGACACAAUUAACUACUUGAAGUACAAAAUGGGCUUCAGUCAGAAGAUACUUUUGGCAGAUGAGGCUGUGCCAACUAAAUUUCAUUGUCAAGAGGAUCGUAGAAGUCGGCUACCUGAUGCUGGACCUUCUCGAGAAGUUUUCUUUAAAAGGCAAAGAAUUGAUAUUGUCACAGAAUGUCUGCGAAGACAUAGUACUACAACCCAUACAGAAAGCUUACAAAAUGAUGAUAUGAUACAAGAAAUCAUUGAGCCUAAAGGUUAUGUUAUCUAUAUAAUACAAAUGUCAUAAGAUAUUUUUUCACAUUUAAAUGAGUUAAGUUUAUGUUAUUCACAUUUAAAUUAAGUAAUUAAUUUGGUUUUUUGUCUUUUCAGAAUUACCAAAAACUCAAGACAAAGAAACAAUCACCGACCCUAUCAUAACUGUAGAAAAAGCUGUUCAAGCAACAAAAAAAGUGAAUACGCAUUUUAGGAGCAAGGCUGUGCAAACUAGAUGCCAAAAUAAAAGUAUUUCUACCUCACCAUGGAAAGUUUCUACAAUAUCUCAUUUCACUUCACCAAUUAAUAUUAAACCAUGCCAUCUUCAACCAUUACAGUCAGAGGUUGUUAAAGCAGUUAAGAGAAAUAUUUUCCUUGUAGAUGAAAAAUCUGAUAGUGAUAUUUCUUGUUUUGAAAGUGGUCUUUUAUCACCUUUUGGAGCUACAUCAGUAAAGGUUACUGACUCUGAUAGUAAUGUUACAGAUACCAAUGAGAAUAUUGAAAAAUUACAGUGCCUCAAAAAUACUUUGCGUUUAAUUGAAAAGAAACCAUUGAUGUAUAUUGGUAUUUCCAAAGAAUGUUAUUUUUUAAUUGAGUUGUUGCAUAGACACACAAAUAUAAAUAGAGAACAUAUUUUGCUAUGCUUGAAAAAAAUUAGAUUAAACAGCACAUUUUCUGAACUCGAGGAUAAUUUUGGUAUAUCAUUAUCUUAUGCCAGUAAAUUAUUUUUAAGAAACUUACCAAUAAUAAGUAGUUUUUUAAAACCAUUCAUUGUAAACUUAGAC